GACUGGCAGUUCCUGCCGAAGCUUACGAAGGCAAACGUUUGGGACUCAUUCGUUCUAUUCACUCUCCUCGAAGAUCAUACAUCUCGGAGCACUCGACUUUCAAUACCGCACGGCGGUGAACAAGCAGAACGUUUCGAGAUCGCCAUGCAAGAACGCAAUGCACGCAUAGUACAUGAAGGACAACCAGAGCUGACCCAUGCGUGUAACAAAUGUACCCGGAUUUAUGAGGACGAUGAUGGUGGUCAUUCCAAAGUCGAAGUCGUUGUCAAGCGAUACUGUGAAGCUCACGAUGACUACCACAACAUCUGUGCCGUCGUCGGAUGUACAUCUCGCAUCACAGCAGGAUCAAUGACGUGCUCCGAUCCUCAACAUUCCGCAAUGGAGGCACUUCACAUCGAACGCGGAAAGUCAAUAUUUCGACUGCGU